CACAACCCCUCCCUCAAUGAAUUUUUAUGGGCCCAAACUUUCUGGCACCCUUUAAAUAGUCCGCGGCCUGUUACUUUCCGGCCCAUAAACCAGACCUCUCUCCCUUGAAAAAGGCGGCCAUUUCCUCCGCCUCUUCAUCUUCUCAAAGUCUCUGCCAGAGUGAGAGGGAGAAGAAAAAAAAAAGAAAAUUACUCAGCCAUGGAGCCGUGGCUAGACGACUUGGCCGACGACCUCCAGAGCAUAAGCUUCAACUCCGCCACGACAACUACCGCCACCGAAAUCAACCGCUCCACCAGCUCCGGCUCCGAGGCCACCUGGACGGCGGCUUCCUCCGGCUCCUCCCAUUUCAUCCCUCCCUCCUCCGCCGCCAAGCCUCACUCCUCCAUUCCCUCCGGCGAUCCCUGCUGGGACGCCAUCAGCCGAGCCCGAUCGUCCUCCUCCUCCGGCACUCUCUCCGGCGCUGACCUCCGCUUCAUCCACCGCCUCGGCUCCGGCGACAUCGGCUCCGUCUAUCUCGCCGAGAUGAAAUCUCCGCCUCCGCCGGGAACCGAUCCUCCGCAAUCUCCGUCUCCGUUGCAACAGCCGGCUCUCUUCGCCGCCAAAGUAAUGGACAAAAAGGACCUCGCGGGCCGUAAUAAGGAAGGGCGAGCGAGGACAGAACAGGAAAUUCUGGAGAUGCUGGAUCAUCCUUUCCUCCCCACUCUCUACGCGACUAUCGAUUCCCCUAAAUGGUCGUGUCUACUAACCGAAUUCUGCCCCGGCGGCGACCUCCACGUCCUCCGCCAACGUCAGCCCGCCAGACGCUUCCCGGAAUCCUCUGUCCGGUUCUACGCAUCGGAGGUGAUCGUGGCUCUGGAGUACGUACACAUGAUGGGCAUCGUCUAUCGUGACCUGAAGCCCGAAAAUGUGCUUGUCCGAUCCGAUGGCCACAUCAUGCUCACGGACUUCGACCUCUCCUUGAAAUGCGACACCUCCACGUCGACUCCGGCCCAAGUCAUCCCGAGCGGUAGGAACACGCCCGCCUCUCAAAACGAGCACGGCCACACCAUCAACCCGCCAAAGUUCACCGCGACCUCGUGCAUCCUCCCCAGCUGCAUGGUCCCCGCGGUCUCCUGCUUCACCCCGAAGCGGAAGCGGAAGAAGAAGACCCGCGGGGGAGGGCAGCACGGGGGGCCGGAGUUCGUGGCCGAGCCCGUCGACGUGAGGUCGAUGUCGUUCGUCGGGACCCACGAGUACCUGGCCCCCGAGAUCGUGUCGGGGGAGGGGCACGGGAGCCCGGUGGACUGGUGGACCCUAGGGGUAUUCAUCUUCGAGCUGCUGUACGGGGUGACGCCGUUCAGGGGGGCGGACAACGAGAUGACACUGGCCAACAUCGUUGCUCGGGCGCUCGAGUUCCCCAAAGAACCCGUCAUCCCGGCAACGGCGAAGGACUUGAUAUCGCAACUUCUGGUGAAAGAUCCGGCGAGGCGGAUGGGGUCAACCAUGGGGGCAACGGCAAUAAAACACCACCCCUUCUUCCAUGGCGUGAACUGGGCUCUCCUACGUUGUACGCCUCCCCCGUUCGUCCCUCCGCCCUUCUCCCGAGAUGUUCUGUCCGAUGAAAGCUGUCCCGACACCCCCGUGGAGUAUUACUAGUAAUUAAAUUAUUAUUAUUAUUUGUGUAAGAAUUGAAGAUUAGUGCAUGCAUGUGAAUAGAAUUAAGAUCAUUUUAUCAUUAGUAAUUUGAUUAAAUUACUAAUAUAUAUCCUCUCUCUGUCACCCUUUGAUCUCCAGCUUAUUAUGUAUGUGUAGUUCACUCCUUAUGCAUCAAAUAAUAAAUAUUUAUUUCUUUU